UUGCAGUAAGUCGAUCAUGGCCGCUAAGAAACUUCAAACUCGAAGUAUUAGGUCAUGAUGUAUUCAAAAGUAAUGUUUUCAAAAUUUUUGUCUAUUAAGUUUAUUAACGAAUAAUUUAUUUCCCCAAAGUUACUUUAUAAAAACUUACAAAUGCUUAAACAAUUGCAAAUGGGCUUGCAUGCGUUUUAUGUUGUGGCAUCAAAAGUAUGGACAUGUUUGUGUUUUAUGUUUAAAAAACAAUGGGUUCAACAUCAGCCCGUGAAAUAUCAACUGUAUCCAUUAUCGCCAAUAUCGAGACAUAGGUUAAGUAUUGUGAAACGUAAAACACUAGUAUUGGAUUUGGAUGAAACCUUAAUACAUUCUCAUCAUGAUGCAAUGCAAAGAUCAUCUGUAAAACCUGGGACACCUCCUGAUUUCAUAUUAAAAGUUACAAUAGACAAGCAUCCUGUGCGAUUUUUUGUUCACAAAAGGCCUCAUGUAGAUUUUUUUUUAGAUAUUGUUUCACAAUGGUAUGAUCUUGUAGUUUUUACUGCCAGUAUGGAAAUCUACGGUGCUGCAGUGGCGGACAAAUUAGAUAACGGACGUGGCAUCUUACGCAGGCGCUAUUAUAGACAACAUUGCACACCAGAUCUCGGUUCUUAUACUAAAGAUCUUUCAGCUAUAUGUGCUGAUUUGAACAGAGUUUUUAUUCUUGAUAAUUCUCCUGGAGCUUAUAGAGGUUAUCCAGAUAAUGCUAUACCAAUUAAAUCAUGGUUUUCUGAUCCAAUGGAUACAGCUUUAUUAUCCUUGUUACCAGUAUUAGAUGCAUUACGAUUUACACAAGAUGUGAGAUCUGUUCUGUCCAGAAAUCUGCAUCUUCACAGAUUAUGGUAGCAGGACUGAAUAAAUUCUAUGAAGUAGGCUCAUUAUAAAUUAAAUACAAAGGAUACAUUUCUUUAUAUUACAAACUGUAAAUAACAAUUUCUACUCAUAUUAAAUCAUAGUUCAAAAAACUGCAAAAGCUAUAAAAAGUAAAAAUGUAUGAAAAUCUGAUGAAUGAAUUGAAUUAUGAAUGGGUU